AUGCCCAAAGCCAUCUACAUACCAUGGACCGAGUCAGAAGAAGCGCUUCUUCUCGGCUGGUUGGCACAGCACAAGCGCUUGUCAUGGGAAGAAAAGUCUGAGAAAUACACGGAUGACUUUGGCAUGCCACGGACCCCGGAAUCGCUGCGUGGGAAAUAUAACCAACUUCUCAAAGGUAUUCGACGCCAGCGUGUGAUUCCACGGCAUUUCACUACGUCACGGCGAGAGAGACCCAAGCAAGCACGGCGCAAAUCAUCACGGCGUAGAUCGACGCUACAAAUGCCCACCUCCCCACCGCGUCUUGGACUGAGAGACAAUGAUGCUGCAGCUGAGCAAAAAUUGGAAGGUUUGAAAUCGAAUUUCUCGUUCGUGAAAAAGGGUCUAAAUCUAGAAGCUUAUCAUGAUGAACAGAUGGGACCGUCCAAAGCAAUCAACGGUCACAGACUGAACGGCGACACCAGUCGAUGUCCCGGAGGAGCUGGAAGCUGCUUGAUCGAAUUCUAG